GCCUCACUGCGUUACUUACCUCGACUCUUAGCUUGUCGGGGACGGUAACCGGGACCCGCCGCCAGUUCCCGUCGCCUCGCCUUUGCCUGCUAAUCCCGUAGCCACCAUGCGUGAGUGCAUCUCCAUCCACGUGGGCCAGGCUGGUGUGCAGAUCGGCAAUGCCUGCUGGGAGCUCUACUGCCUGGAACACGGCAUCCAGCCCGAUGGCCAGAUGCCAAGUGACAAGACCAUUGGGGGAGGAGACGACUCCUUCAACACCUUCUUCAGCGAGACAGGCGCUGGCAAGCACGUGCCCAGGGCCGUGUUUGUAGACCUGGAGCCCACGGUCAUUGAUGAAGUUCGCACUGGCACCUACCGCCAGCUCUUCCACCCCGAGCAGCUCAUCACGGGCAAGGAAGAUGCCGCCAAUAACUAUGCCCGCGGGCACUACACCAUCGGCAAGGAGAUCAUCGACCUGGUCCUGGACCGCAUCCGCAAGCUGGCUGACCAGUGCACGGGGCUGCAGGGCUUCCUGGUUUUCCACAGCUUUGGUGGGGGGACCGGCUCUGGGUUCACCUCCCUGCUGAUGGAGCGCCUCUCUGUCGACUAUGGCAAGAAGUCCAAGCUGGAGUUCUCCAUCUACCCGGCCCCCCAGGUCUCCACAGCUGUGGUGGAGCCCUACAACUCCAUCCUCACCACCCACACCACCCUGGAGCACUCGGACUGUGCCUUCAUGGUGGACAACGAGGCCAUCUAUGACAUCUGUCGUAGAAACCUUGACAUCGAGCGCCCCACCUACACGAACCUGAACCGCCUGAUCAGCCAGAUCGUGUCCUCCAUCACAGCCUCGCUGCGGUUUGACGGAGCCCUGAAUGUUGACCUGACAGAGUUCCAGACCAACCUGGUGCCCUAUCCCCGCAUCCACUUCCCUCUGGCCACUUACGCCCCUGUCAUCUCUGCUGAGAAAGCCUACCAUGAACAGCUUUCUGUAGCAGAGAUCACCAAUGCGUGCUUUGAGCCGGCCAACCAGAUGGUGAAAUGUGACCCUCGCCACGGGAAGUACAUGGCUUGCUGCCUGCUGUACCGUGGUGACGUGGUCCCCAAAGAUGUUAAUGCUGCCAUUGCCACCAUCAAGACCAAGCGUAGCAUUCAGUUUGUAGAUUGGUGCCCCACUGGCUUUAAGGUUGGCAUUAACUACCAGCCUCCCACUGUGGUGCCUGGUGGAGACCUGGCCAAGGUCCAGCGAGCUGUGUGUAUGCUGAGCAACACCACGGCCAUUGCCGAGGCGUGGGCUCGCCUGGACCACAAGUUUGACCUGAUGUAUGCCAAGCGUGCCUUUGUUCACUGGUACGUGGGUGAGGGCAUGGAGGAGGGCGAGUUUUCUGAGGCUCGUGAGGACAUGGCUGCCCUGGAGAAGGAUUAUGAGGAGGUGGGUGUGGAUUCUGUGGAAGGAGAGGGUGAGGAGGAAGGAGAGGAAUACUAGUUUUCUAUUCCUUGUAGCCCCACAGCUUGUCAUACUCACUGAACUUCAGCUUCAACAUGAGCUGAGAGCCAUUAGACUUUCCUGAUGACAUUGUCUUCACUCAGCUGUGAUCAUGUCUGUCUUUUACACGUGUACCUGUAAUACUCAUCAUGUCUGAAAGUAAAGGCUUUAAAAAUGUC